AUGAAUUCAUGUAACAACCCUUGGGUACUUCAGUGGGACGACUUUCCGUUGAAUUCACAAUCUGUGGUCCCUCCUAAUGUUCCUACACAUCCUUUCAGCACAACUACACCUAAGAAACUGAUUGCGACGCAAACGCAUGUCUCCGAUGAAGUCAAACGGCGACGGGACUUAAACACAUUUGCGAAACAAAAAGGGAUGUCUGAAGAAUGUCAGCGGAUGGCUUUUCUCAUCGGGCUUUUGAACGCCAACGGCGUCGGGUUUUCGAUUGCAAGAAGAAUCAAAAAAGCUGAGAAAGCGCUGCAAUACAUCGAAGUGACGGAACUGUAUGGUCUUGUCGAACUCUCCCACGGACAACUUCUCGACAUCGUCCGUCGUGAAGAAGAGACGUGUAAAGCUGGCGGUGCGUCACAAAGUUACAACGAGCGUCAUCAUCGGAAGAAUGUGUUUGCGGUCAUCUACAAUUACUUGAUCAAACUUUGUUCGCAAAUAGGACAGCGCGUCGUCUUCGAGAUGAAAAAGACGAAGCGGUCGGAGAUGACAGUGAAGAUGGAGAAGUUCAUCUCCGUGACGGUAGAAGAUAAGACCUAUUACUCCGAAGACAUCAUUAAAAUAGGAAAUACUAUCUACCAAGUCAUCUCCGAUCUUAUGAGUGAACCAACUCAUGGUAUUAUAUACAGAGGGGCGUUCACAAAUAACAUCAGAAUUGAACCAAAAACACUGCAAAUCGCGGGAGAGUUCUUACACACAAAAAUAGAACCAACGAGUGAAUUAAGUGGGAUGUAUUGGGGCCUGCAAGAAGUCUUGGAAUACGAGAGAGAAAAUCCAGAGAAGUGUAUUCGAGAAAUUGGAGACGAAAAGGUCGCGUUUGAAAACGCCGUCGUGCCAAGUUCACUCAAUUUCAUUAGAAAUAGUAUCCGACCAGACGUCAGGAACAUCGUAAAAUGUGUUGUAGUCGAACCCCAAAUAAAGUAA